UAGAAAAACACCGAAGAGUUAAGAACGCGAGCGGCGCUCCUUCGCAAUACAAGCGAGCAGGAAUAACAAAAAUAUUUACACACACUGAGAAUUUAGUGCAACUUUUCACACAUAGAGUACAAGAAGAAGACUAAAGUCAAAGUUUGAGGUGUAUGUCUGUCUUGGCCUGUACAUAAAAAAAAGCAACUCGUUUAAAAUUUCAAAUUAAAGUGCUUUCAGAAAAUUUCCAGCAAAGAAAGACCGUUAAUUGUGUACAAGUAAAAAAAGGACUAAAGUAAAAAAAGGCUUUCAAAGUGUUGUCGUUUUGCAAAAGUGAUUUUUGCCAAACGGGUUUUUCAACUGCUAUCUACUCCUCUGAAGUGUUUUGAGAAAAUCCCGUAAAAAUUGGAGGAAAUCCCAAUUACAGACAAACCUUACAAAAGGAAACCAUGUCAACGCUACCAUUUCUCCUUAGCGUAGCCGAUGAGCUGGACAACCUCAACUCACAAUCGUACAUGGACGAUUUUGGUUUGGGCUUCCAUCCGCAUCGCCAAUACUAUCGCACGCCAACCAUACAGCUAUCGCUGCCGGCAGGCACCGAAUGGAUGCAGCCCGAGGGAAGGCAUCAUUCGCGUUACAGAUCCACCUAUCGCUAUUAUGGUGAACCGCAAAAUAACCUUACCUCGCCGGCCGAGAAUGACGAGGAGGACAAUGAGGAGCCUUGUGAUAGCUCCACCAAAGGUAGCCGCUCCAGCGAGCAGACAAUGACAACAACAGCCACCACAUCCGCUGCCCAGAAAUAUGUAUCGGCCUUGAAUUCUAACCGGCCCGAAGACAGCGAUAGAAUGGACAAUUCGGUGAAGUUGUAUAAUUUGUCCAAGAAAUGUGGCAAGAAUUAUUAUCGCCAUCCGGAGCCUAGCACCUCGUCAGCAUCUUUGGGAACCCCACCACCACUUCCGCCACGUAGUUCCACCUCUGCGGCGACAGCAGCAGCGGCUGCGGCUGCUGCCAGUGCCCCCACCUCGACCAAGGAAAAACCCAGCAUGGGCUAUCGCCUGCAUAGCAAAUGCCUGGAGGGCAACAAUUCGUCAUCGGAGGAAAGUUUGCAGAAAGUCACCUCGUCCAUAGAGUUUCUGACGUGUUUCCUGCUCAAGAAAUCGCGUGUCAGCAGCAAAGCUUCAUCGGCUGGGCCAGCGGAGAAUAAAAAAUCUUAGGACAAUACACCGACGAAAACAACAACAAAUUUAGCGUCAAAACGACGCAGCCAUUGUUUUUAGUAAGCCACUAUAGCAAACACAAGAACAACAACAAUAGCAAAAGACAAAAAACAAAAAACAUUCACAAAAAAAGCAUUCACAAAAGUAGUGAACAACCAACAGCAACAGCAAAGAAAAAAAAUCUAAAAUUUAAGUGCAUCGCCAAACAGCAACAACCAAAGCAACAACAGCAACAAAUCUAGAAAAUAGGACACAAAAAGGAACCUAGAAUAACCCAUACACACACACACGCAACAACUUAGAGUA